AUAUUCUAUUCCACAGUUAUUUGUACAAUAAAUUCUACGAUUAUUUGUAAUUACGUGUUGAAUAUCUGAUCAUAUUCAAAAAAAUAUUAAUAUCUCAAAUUUUUUUUAAAUAUAUUUUUUGUCAAUAGUUUUUAAGUUAACCUCUUUAAAAUUAAUUCAAUAUUGUCUUGCCAUUUAAUUUUAUAUAUAACGCCUUAUUUAUAUAAAAAGUACUUGGUACUAUGUCCUAUAGAUCAAGCCGAGGAAGUUAUAGUAGUUCUAGAGGUGGGAGUCGUGGUAAUUCAUAUAGUUCAAACUAUGGUAGUUCUAGAGGUGGACGAGGUGGAAGUUUUAAUGAUAGCUACAGAAGCCAAAACAGAGGUAGUAAUUCAUAUAGAGGAUCACGAGCUAGUAGUAGAGGAAGUGGUGGGUCAUGGUCCAAUUCAUCUUCAAACUAUAACAAUUUAAAUCGUAAUUCCAAUUGGUCAUCACCUGGAGAUUCAAAUUAUGAGUCUCGUAGUCGUUAUUCUGGUGGCAAUGAUCGCUAUCCAAGUGGUCAUAAUGAUGACUUUAGAAGAUAUAAAGAGGGUGGAAGAAGUCAUAGAGACUCAGAAGUAGGUGGUUAUUCAAGUUCCAAUGAUGAUUAUGGUCGUUAUAGUGGUGGUGGCAGCAGUUAUGCUGAAGAACGUAGUAGUAGAUCAUCCUUUGCCCCAGAUAAUUAUGGGGGAAGUAAUAGUGGAUAUAGAGGACGUGAAAGUUCUCGAGAUUAUAACUCUGAUUUUCGAAAACCGCUGCCCCCUAAUGAUGAUCGUUCGCCACCACCACCCCCCAGAUACACUGGCCCUUCACCUAGAGGUAGAAGUUCUAGAGGAUUCCGGGUUGCUGAGAGACCUGGAAUGAGAGGUAGAUCUUCUGCCAGUGUAUCUUAUAGAGGAUCUUAUGGAGGCAAUUCAGGAUUGAUAAAACGGAAAAGACUUGAACCUGCAACCAGUAGUUGGCGAUCAAAUCCUGUGCGUAAAGGAUAUGAAGUAGCCAGUAGAAGAAUACAUGCAGUCAAAAGAACUACACGAGACCAUGAUGAUUAUCGAGCUAGGAAAAUUGCAGAAUUUCGAGAAAAAACUCGACAAUUACGUGAACGUGUUAGAACACCUUCUGAUGAUGAAGAAGAAGUAGAAGAAGAAGUAGAAGAAGAAGUUGAAGAAGAAGUAUCUGUUCAUGAUGAGGGGGAAAAACUUGUGCAAGAUGAUCAACAAAAUGAUGAACAACCCAAGAAAAAAAGGAAAGUAGUAAAAAAAAUUGUGAAAGUUAAAAAGAAGUUGAAGAAACAAAAAAUAAAUGGUGAACCUAAAAAGUCUAAUUCAAUAAUUCUUGAUAAAUCCUCGCCAAAAAAAAGUGAAAACCACAUGCUUGAUUCUAGAGGAGAACCAUUUAUGAAACUUUUAUGUCCACAUUGUGAAGUGACUUGUAAAACAUUCCGUGAAUAUGAAAUACACUUACUAAAAAUACGUCAUCGUACAGCUAUGUCCCAAUUGGCUAGAAAACGUAAGCAUGAGCUUUUUAUGCUACGUCAAGAUCAACGUAAGGAACAAAAAGAUAUUGAUGAUAAAGUUGCAGAAGAAGAUACUAAAAGCAAUAUAAAUUAUUGCAAGUUAUGUCAACUGAACUUUAAACAACAAAAAAGUGAUCAUUUUAGUAGUGUUUUACAUAAAAAAAUAAAGCAAUUUAUACAACCUGCUUGUAAUGUAUGUCAUUUAAUGUUUGCAUCACCAAUGCGUUAUGAACAUCAUUUAUGUAGUACAAAUCAUUUAAAGAAAGCCAAUGUUUAUGAAAAACGUACAAAACGUAUGGUAACCUUACCCAGUGCAGAAGAAGUUGAGGGUGAUGUUGAUAUGGACAAUUUCAUGGUUUUAGAUUCUGUUGGAUCUGGUGAUGAUGAUAUAUCUGAUAGCGAUGAAAAUACACAAGGCAUCAAAAAUGAAACUGAAAAAAAGAAAAAAUCCAAACCUAAAAAAGAAAUAAGCUUAGGAAAAGAAUUUUGUAAAAAGGUAGAAGUUUAUUACUGUGAACUGUGUAAGUUUAAUUUGCCACCACAUGAAGAUAUUGAACAGCAACUAAGUCUACAUUGUCGUAAUCGUGUGCAUCUUCAAAGAUAUGUUCAACAUUGUGAAAAAAUCAAAGCACAAGAAAAGCUUUCUGAAAAAUCUGAGAAUGAAACUUUAAUUGAAACAAAAAAAGACAAUGAAACUUGUAGUGAUUCAUCUAAUAAAGGUAAUAAAACAGAUGUUAAAGACAGUGUAUCUGACAAAGUAGACAAAUUGAAUCAAAUUAAAGAAAAAGAAGAGACAAAGGAUGAAUUUGAUUGGUCCUCAUUAGAUAAUGUUAUCGAGAGUGAUCCAAUUAAAGAAGAUUCUGAUAGUGGAAAAUCUUCUACCAUAGAGACAAAAUAGUUUUUUUUAACUGUAUAAGUUUAAAUGAAAUAUUAUUUAAUAAUUCUUCUACUAUAUAGAUAGAAUUUUUUUUAAUAAUUAUACUAUGAAAUUUCAUCAUGUAUUAAUCUAAUUGAAAAAUGUUUACUUUACACUAGUUAAUAUUAGUAUUUAAUUAAAAAUUAUAAUUUUGGUAAUUCAUUUGAAUUACUUAUAAUUAUCUAAGUCCUUUUUAUCUAAAUAGUAUCUAUAUAUUAUAUGUGUAUAAUAUGUAAACUAUUACUUUAGACGUGUUGUUUUUACUAUUUUUUGAUAACUAUUCAAUUAUUAAAAUAAAAUAGAUAAGUAUUAAUUCUAUGUUAAUAUCCAUAUAAUAAUAUUUAAUUAAGUGUUCUCUGUCAAAUUAUGUAAUUUAUUAUUCAUAAUACUAUUGAUAAUAAUUUUAAUAAAUAUAUUGACGUAGACAUAAU